AUGAUGAUGGAUAGCAGAGCUUGUGGGUAUAACAAUGUCUGCAGCCUUGAUGAAUCUGACUAUGAGCAUAUGGACCCGAGUCGUGAAGACGCCUGCAAAAAUGCCUGGUUGGAAGUUUGUUCCUAUGUUGUCGUAAUAUACAGCAUAUACAGCGACAAUGAAUGUUGGAAGAAGAGGCUUCCACUCUCUAAUGGGAGUGAACUUCUUAAUGUUAAGUCGUUUGUGAAAUACCUGAUAGGUGAUCCUCCUCUUCAAAACCCUCUUCUUCAAAGUCCUCCUCGGCUCCCCGGAGAAAAAAAAGAUCGAAGAAGUCUGAUAGUUCUCUUAGGUACUUCUGUGUUUGUAAUCUUUGUGUUGAAUUGA